AUGCGCAAGACUACGCUUGCCCAGCGUCUACACCCGAAUCUCACAGUUCCAGUCAUUUAUUACAGCUGUAGUUUCAGGAGUAUUCUGGUUACAUUUAUAUUUCUUUCAGCAAUAACACCGGGUGUUACUGAAAUCACCCUUGAGCGUGCCGUCCCAGUGAACAUCACUUCUCCAAAUUACCCUUCCGACUACAACAUCGGCGAUAACAUCGUCUGGAAGGUAUCAGCCCCUGUCAACCACAGCGUCAGGCUGGACAUCGUCGACUUCGCUACCCAAUUGAACUUCGACAUCUUGUUUGUGGGCGAUGGACUGACGCCACUGAGUUACACAGAGCUUGCGAGGCUCACGGGCUAUGGGUUAAGGUCAACUGUGACGUCACAUGGCCGCCAUAUGUGGCUCAAAUUCACCAGUAAUUUCGGAAUUAUUGACGUUGGAUUCAUGGCAACACUGAACGCUGUGGAUCCGAGAGAUGACAAUCCUCUAAUCUUGGUGAACGAGUCUACGGUCCAACAGCUCCGCUCACCAGACUUCCCUCUUGAUGCAAGCGACAGCGUGCACGAGAUUUGGCGGGUAAUGGCUCCUCGGGAUCACAGCGUGAGGGCGCGUUUUGACUUCUUUAACCUCACCGACGGUUCUUCGCUUACCGUGGGCUACGGCUCGAGUCCUUUAAUGACCACAAUCCUAGUGGAGUUGACUGGAAGUGAAUUGCCUGAAGAUAUUACCUCCCCCACUCGAGAAUUGUGGUUUAGAUUUGUGUCGGAUACUGGGGACUCCAGUAGAAGGAAACGAAGAGCGGUCGGUUCGCUUAUGGAAAGUGGAUUCUUGGUGAAUCUAACAGCAGAAAGGACUGAAGAUAUCAACGAGUGCCUGAGUAACCCUUGUCAGAAUGGAGGCACAUGUUCAGACAUCCAUGGAGGUUUCCAGUGCUUCUGUCCCGAAGGCUUCAAAGGAGAUUACUGUCAAACAGAUAUCAACGAGUGCCUGAGUAACCCUUGUCAGAAUGGAGGCACAUGUUCAGACAUCCAUGGAGGUUUCCAGUGCUUCUGUCCCGAAGGCUUCAAAGGAGAUUACUGUCAAACAGGUUAGGACAAAACAAAUGGACUCGAUACCCUCAAGACAUAGCACCACGAAGAGAUAGCUAGACAAGAAUAUAAUAAUUCAGUUAGGCAGUGGUGUAGCGGGGGCCUCUGGCAUUACUGGGAUUUGGAGUAAUUUUAUUAGAUGGAUGAAGUAUAAAUUGUCGAGGCUACCUACGAGGGGGAACGAGGCAGGAGACUUUAUUUACUUCUUUUCACUUUUCCUUUCCCUUUCGUUUUGUGUUGUAUACAUCGUGCCCCUUGCAUCUACUUCAUUGGAGAGAUUUGUUCUUCAAAGUCAUGAAAAAGAUAUUGAAUACGGGAAACGGGAUACAUGUGUAUAUUAAACCUCUUUAUUUACCACGUGACAAUGUGGCAGAUCUCUAAUUGGCUCAAAAUACUGAACCAUAACUUGAAUGAUAAUUUUUUUUCACGCUGUUUGUUAUAAUAGACAAUGAAUAGAACAUAUCAAACUAGUUUACCCAAUUCACAUGAGCUACAAUGAUGAAACUUGGUCAGGUUUGUUUUCCCCUUCAAUACUGACAUUAGUACAACAUAUUGCUUUUUCUAUUACGGUAAUGGGGUUUGAUCCUCUCAACAAUCCGUCAAUAUGUCAAAACAUCUGGAAUUUAAUAGAAAACAUACGAGAUAAUACCAACAUUUUCUAUCAAAGUCCAAAUGUUUUUUUUUUUUUUUUUUUUUACAUAUCCCUUACAAGGUAUAUGUGCAUUUUUAUAGAUGAAAUAAAUCAGAUGAAAUAAUGAUAUAUUCCGGGGCCUACUAAACGCCCGUGUACAGGUUUGUUUUUGUAGCUCUGCUGGUUUCCAAACACGUCAAAUUCCCCUUUCUUUUUUGUUUGUUUGUAUUCUCUUAUAUAGAAAUUAUACUUUAAAUGUUUCAUAUUUGUGGUGAUAGAGAAAUAAUUAUAACAUAUAUAAAAAUAAUAUUAUUUUAUGUAGUCUAAUACAUUCGUGCUGCACUCGUUGUUUUGUUUUUAUGUUAAAGUCAGGUGAAAAUUUGAUUUUUAUAACAUAUUUAUAGUGAGUAAUCUGAAAUAAGAGUGUGGCGAAUGUACACUCUCUCCUUUAACAAUUUUAAUGUGUAUGGUUCAUGGUUCAAGUCCUUAACUUUGAAUCGGGAGGUUGAGGGUUCGAAUCUUUGCCGGAUGCGUACAAUGUACCCUCUGAAUAGGCAUUUGAUCAAUACUUGCCUCUAUCGACGUUACUAUGAACAUGGUACAUGUAUAAGGAAAACGAUUACAUUUUUUUUUUUUUAACGAAGGCUCAUAUUCACAAGUAUGUCGAUGACACAUAAAUGUGUUAUUAAACUUUAUUUUUGGUGUACUGUACCAUAUUUAAUUCUACUCUCGAUUUAUUUUUCGUUAUUUCUUGACUUUGACAUAAUCCCCUUGAUCCCUUUUCUUUUUUUCUUCUUCUCAUAUAUUCCUACUUGACCUCUGCACUCAGAGAGCAAUAACUCAUUAAUGUCUCGAUUUGGUGUCAGCUUGGGUUUGUCCAUAUUGGAUCGCCCUCGCAUGGGUGGGUUUAUUUUUGCUCAUAUGAUACAUAUUUUUAAACACACGGUGAGUUUGUUAGCUCACCCGGUGUGAUGGGGAUGUGCGCAUCUUCGGGUAUACUUGUUGUAGUCAUCCAUGCUGUGGUCGAUGCAUCGUUGGGUAGUUGUUCUCUGAGAGUAUUUUGUAAAUAGUUUUAUAUAUUCCAUAUUUGUUGUUGUAUUCAUGAAUCAGUUAUCUUUGUC